CGGUCGGCUGACUUGACGCGUAAGGAAGUGGGACAGCUGAAGCUCAUUCUCCCCAGCUGAUGAUGGCGGAUAUUGUUGAGAAAGACACCAUGAAGAACUACCACACAGCGUCCGAGAGAAUCAACGCCGCCACCGGCCGCUUCCCUUACUGCGUCGUGUGGACGCCCAUCCCCGUGUUAUCAUGGUUGUUUCCAUUUAUUGGCCACAUGGGAAUCUGCACUUCCACUGGAGUCAUUCGAGACUUUGCCGGACCUUACUUUGUCUCAGAAGACAACAUGGGCUUUGGAAAACCAACAAAAUACUGGAUGCUUGACGUAAGCAAAGUCUACGCUAGUGGCUCCAACGCCUGGGACACAGCAGUGCAUGAUGCGUCGGAGGAGUAUAAGCACAGAAUGCACAACCUCUGCUGUGACAACUGUCACUCGCAUGUUGCCAUGGCUCUAAAUCUGAUGCGGUAUGAAAACAGUACCUCGUGGAACAUGGUCAAACUCUGUCUCCUCGCUCUGAUCCACGGAAAGCACGUCAGCUGUGUAGGCUUCCUGAAGACCUGGUUGCCUUUCCUGAUGCUAAUGGGCAUCAUCCUGACAGCGGCCCUGGCCAUCAACCUCCGGUGACCUGGGAGGCAGGUUAUGUACACAGUGGAACCUCCUGCAGGUUGGACGUGGGGGGAAGACCCUUUUUAACAACAAGGAUGGGCAUUACACAGUGUCGAGUGAACGUGACAGAGGACAUAAAGACUACUCACCUCUCAAGAAAAUGCCCAACAGUGUCCCAACAUAUGUACGCAUGCUUGGUCUGUGGAAAGCAGAGAGCUUGUUGCAUUUCUCCAGUGGUGAUGCAGAAAUAGCCUAAUGACGGAAUCCAUUAAUAUUCAGUUAUUUUGACAGAAGUGACUGAAUACCCCCUCCAACCACCAGGACCAUACAAACACACUUAAUGGAUUAUGAUUGCUGGAUUUUGAUUAUGAAAGAAUGAGUACAGGUACAAGCCAUCACCACCUGCAAAGUGUAGAAAAUGUCUCGCUGCAUUUGAAGCUGAACAGAUGUGCAUACAUUGAAGGAAACACAUCUAUGCCUUGCUUUCAGAUGUUGAUGAUCUUGCUUUGUGAGGAAUAACUCAGUGCUCCCAAAAUGCCAUUUUAUACCCGGGAGUAUAAAUGUUAAAACGCUUACAUUCCUUUCAAGGGAAUUUAUUGCAUUACAUUCUAGGUCUCGCAUAGCCCUUCUACAGUUCUACAGCAACUAACAUUUUCUUACUUGUAUUCAGACUAGCACUACAUCCAUACUACUACGUGUUUGUUUGAAAAAUGCAUAAACUCCCCUGCUGAUACACCUGGCAUCCACAGUACUCCAAAGCUGCUGGGGCCCAUUUUAGUUUGAUAACUGCGGGGCUGCGUUUAAGUCUGGACGGGCAGAAACGCUCAUGUGGCCAGAGAUCAUGUUAGUUUGAAAAGGCGAUUUCCAAACAAAAUGUUGCAGUAAGGAUGUAGCCUAACUCCAUAAGAUAUAAGAAAGUUUGCAUCUUCUAAAGAUAAAUCUUUUUUAUAUGUGCACUACAUGUAUCACCUCAUGGAACUAUAUUAAGUAGGUUUACGACUAACACUUUCAUACUAUUGAGUUCAGAUCAUCAGUGCAAUGAUUGUAGCAAAUUUCAAGCAGAUUUGUAAAAGCUCCUUCGGUUUUCUAUACUUGUGCCAAACGUAAGAGAACUUGAGACCAACUCAAACUGUGUCUUUGAAAAUGCUGCUUGUUAUUUAGUGAAACGGCUCAUGAUGACUCAUAAGUUAGUGAAUGAAAAGCUCCUUGAUGUCCGAGUUAUGAAACCUGGUUGAAUCUACUUUUUAAGAGGUUUUGUUUCAUAUCAGAUCAUUUGGACUUCAUGUGACAAAGCAGUGCCUAAAAACGACCUUCCUCACAUAUCCCAUAUUUGAGCUAUUUUCAAAAAGAAAACGUUCAGUCCACAUCAUGGUUGGCGCACAAAUUCCGUUGCCAUGGAUUUCUUGAGUAGAUUCAAAUCCCUCAUUGUUUGCAAUCAAACAGAAAAAAAGUGUUGAGCCCUCUCUUUGUCCACGGUGCUGCCAGAAGCAGCAGGUAGCCAGGAUUCCUCAGGUUUUUCACACUCACCGACCCCUGCUGAAUAUCCCCACUUUCUCCCGGCGACGGACCAGCGUCGCUCCUGCUGUUUUCCACCUCUGCAGAUCAGAUUCGGAGGUCAUUGUGAAAUGUCAGCACUAUUUUCACGAAGCUUUGAUAAUGUACCUGCCAACAUCCUGCCGUAAUCCAGCACAGAGAGUGUGAGCCUUUAAUUAAAGUCUGUUUUAUUUCUGUGGUAAUGGGGCUAAUACGAGGUACGGCUAACACAGUGCCAGCUUUCUAAACUGGGCUCUUCUCAGAGACAGAGCUGAUAUUCUUUGGACUUUUUGUGUGUACUUCAGCCAUGUUGCCUGUAAAUAUUUGAACACAUAUUAUACUGUACACCAGGUGCUCUUUGUGUACUUUGCAAACUGGAUUUAUCCUUUAAAUAAUUUAGUGUCAUCUUUGUUUUCUUUACUCUACUUCUGCAUUUCAUCUCUGCAGAUCUGUGUGAGAGUGAGUGAGUGAGUGAGUGAGUGAGUGUCUGUGUGUGUGUGUGUGCUUUAGUCAUGCAACCGACCGGAGAGAACAUGUGAUUGCAUGCCAGCAUGUGUGUAUUGCAUGCAUUCAAGAAAUAGGGAGGGUUUGAGGAAGAAAGAAGUGUAAGUUUGAUUCAUACUAUGGCUUCUUGAUUAAUUAUCAGCUGCAUUUCAUUGCAGCCAUCGAUUGAUUUAUUUGAAAUGCAUCACACGUGUCUUUCUCUUUAUAAGUUUCAAGUUAAGAUAUGAUAGCUGGUAAACCCAUAGAAGGAAUAAAUAAUAAAUUAGACUAUAAGAGGCCUGUUUAAUGUUGAUUUGAUGCUAUAGGCCACAAUGUGUGUAUCUCCAGAUUCUGGAAAACCUCAGAACUUUUUUUUCUCUCGGAGCAUUCAAACAAGGGAACAAAUACAGCUAUGUCACCAAGAAGUAAAUAGCUUUUAUUGUACACACCACUUUAUGCCCUAAAAUCUCAAAUAUAUAAUAUAGUAUAAUAUUCUAGAAAUUAGAUACAAGGAAGCAGACCAAUGGCCUUGCAUGCAGCUGGCUGUUACUCACAGUAAUCUGGAAAUAUGUUUAUUAUGCCCAAACUACAGCGACAUGAUCCAUCUCUGUCCAAACUCAGAGAGGGUGUCGGUUGAAAAUACCUGUACAAACAAAGAGAAAAGUGAAAAUCCCCUUCCUUCUCUGUAGUGGAGUUAAAUGUCAUAAAAUAGGGGGGGGGCAAAACUGUGUCUUUGAAUAUGUCGCUUGUUCUUUGGUGAAACAGCUUAUUCAUUGCAUUGGGAGCCAUGAAAGGUAAUGAAUGAAUAGCCCUUUGAAGUCAGCUGACGAAACUCACAACAUUGUCAUUUUACUGCAUCUCAUAUUUAAAUGCCUAUGUAUAAUUUAGUAGGAGAGAUAAGAAACUUGUUCAAAUAAAAUGGCACACCAGUCCUUUGUUGGAGCAUCUGGACUAAGAAGGCCACAUUCGGGGGGAUCAUUUUAGAUGUGGCCGGCUAUUGGUGCCUUGUUGUAUCCAAGAGCCAGGUCGAGGAAUGUGGAGACAUGUGGUCCCAGGGAUUCAGACCAUUGACAAAAGACAGUUGGGAUGCUAUUAUUAGUGCCACUAUCCAUAUAUACCAGUCUGCAAUUUCCAAACCUCGUUUUGUUUCUAUAAUCCCCCAAAAUGUUUUCUAUGCUGCAGAUCAUUUAGCCCACUGGGAAUGGUAAGACUCAAAUGCAAGUGAUUGUGUGAACUCUGAAUGUGUUUAAGACUUACAGCUAUAAUACCAAUAAAGAUGUAUAUUAUUGUA